CGAACGUAAAACUUUUGAGAAGGGGAUUUAUGAAGAUGGUAAAACUUGCAUGGAUGCAACCGAUAUGAAGAGGACUCAUAAAAACUUGACUGAUUGCAGCUCGUGAAAGAUCAACCACGCGCAGGAAGAUGCAAUGGUUUAAAAUAAUCUACCCCAAUUUUAUUAUCUGGUUUCAUCACUGUACUGCUAAAGAUUCGACGCAAACAUUACAAAGAAGGACCCUUUCCGCAUACGAUGAAUCGUAUUACGAAUACGUGCCCGACCGCCUGCAGUGGCGCGAUGCCUGGCGACUCUGCCAGCAAAAGUCAGGAGUCCUGGCCACAGCGUCCAACACGUUGGAGAAGGUGGAACUGACCAACUUUUUUCAGUCACUGAACAUUACACAGCCGGUCUGGAUAGAAGGGAGUGUUACGACUCACAAAAAUGGUGCCUUUGAGUUCUUCAUUCUCGAGUUCUCGGGCAGAACUAACAGGAAACAUGCCCGCCUGCUGCAGCAGUUCCCUAACAUGCAGUCCGUGACUGUUUGCACUCACGUCCAGUUUGAUCCAAGUUGCUAUGGAAUUUCCACUGUGUUCUCUUAUUCCAUACCGUCAUUUAUUAAUGAGUUCCAGCUUCGAGCCAACAUAGUCCAAGGGGAACCCGUCCAGCUUGCUCUGAUGGUACACGGCUCACACGGACCCUUCGCGGUGGCCUUUGAAAAUGAUGGCCUCUGGCACUUUGCGUGCGUUAGCUGGACCAGGGACGGUGGCAAGUGGGUCAUCACUGCGGACGGGCAGAAUGUGGGCCAGGGGGACAGCAUCUAUCUCUCAGACAUCGGCCGCGACGGCCUGUUCAUCAUCGGCCAGGAGCAGGACACGUUUGGCGGCUCCUUCAAGAGUGACGAAUCCUUCUCAGGGAACAUUACGGGGCUUCACAUUUGGGACCGGGUGUUGAAUGCCACUGAAAUCCAGUCCAUGGAAAAAGAGUGCUCACUGAUUUCUGCCGGAUUGUUUUUUAAGUGGAACUCCUCAGCACUGCGCGUGGAGCCGUCCCUGAGGAGACACUGGGGAAACUCCCCUUGUCAAGGGAACAGAAGUGAACAGGACAGCCAAGAGUUAUUACAUUGGAUUGAUGAGGGUUUACCAUCUUAUGACAACUUCUCCUCAGAACAAAUUUUUGUGCCAGAUAAUGGAGAAUGUGUGACCUUUGACCCCUUGAGCAGCAGCUGGGACUUGGAUCAAUGUGUGAAACUAAAGGGAGCAGUCUGUCAGUUUGACAAAGAAAAUCUGCAACCGUUUUUUGCCUUUCCCAAGACGUCUUUUUUUACCAAAGUUGGCAAAGACCCUCUGUCCAAACCUGAAAUGGAGGAGUAUCAGUUCAACAAAACGCCUGAUGGUGACCUUCCCAUAUUGAGCAACUUUCUGAGUGUCCUGCUAAGGGUUCUAGAGGCAAACCCAGACAUCCUCACGCCCAUCGAUGUGCGUUACCUGGCGCAGCUCAUAGAGCUUGCUGCCCAAGUGCCGAUCCAUUCCACAGAAAACUCCUCUCAGGUAGUCUUGUCCUUUGCAACGGACUAUCUAAAACUGGCCAGUGAAAUAAUUGACCCCAAAAUGGCUGGCCAAUGGGUGGACCUAACAGAAGAUGGGGUGUCUCUUGGGCCAUUCAACAUUGUGGAAAACAUUGACAAAGUAACUGGAGCUCUGGCAGAUGUCUUGUCUGCGGAGGGCAAAAGCUUCACACUUUCGACGAAAAACAUAGAUGUACACCUGGAGCCCCGGAAGCUUUCCCAGCCAAGCUGUAGCUGCGCGUACAAACCCUCCAUUUUCGGCAGCCAGGCCAGCAGUCAGGACGAGAUCCUCAUCCCAGACACAGAGGUAUACAGGCUGCACUCCCUUGGUUAUAAGGAGGUCAUGUUCAUCCAUGUGUACUACAGCCAUCUCAUGGAGAUCCAAUCAAAAAUGCAGCGAAUGCCUUCAGCAGAGGGUCACAAAGAAGGCAGUAGUUUGCACACAGGUAGACUUGCUACUGCUGUCAUAUCUGCUACAGUCAGAGAUUUUUCACGGGGCCAGAAUAUUCCAGUCGCUGUUCAUUAUACCUUAUCCUCUUCAGACCUGGUGGAGUCCUCUUGGCUUGUUAUGCCUGUUUGUGUGUUUUGGAAUUUCAGCCUGAUGUCUGGACAUCAGGGUGGAUGGUCAAGUGAAGGGUGCCAAGUGGCAUAUUCAGGAUCUGCAGUCACUUCCUGCUUUUGCAACCAUACAACCAACUUUGCAGUUCUGAUGAAUUAUUUGGGGUCCAAGUGGAGCCCCGAGGAGGAGAGUGUUUUGACUAAGCUGACGUUCAUCGGGUCUGGAGCCUCGCUCUGUGCGUUAGUGGUGACCUUGAUGCUGUUUACUGUGCUUGACAUUCCAAAAUCUGACCGGAUGUCAAUCCAUAAGAAUCUGUUCAUUGCCCUGGCAGCUGCUCAGAUAGUGCUUCUCUGCAGUGGAUCAGCAGCCAGCAAUAAGGUGGCCUGCACGCUAGUGGCGGCACUCCUGCACCUGUUUUUCAUGGCUGCGUUCAGCUGGAUGUUGGUGGAGGGUCUGCUGCUCUGGAGUAAAGUGGUGACCGUUAACCUGAGUGAAGACAGACACAUGAAGUACUACUAUCUGAUAGGCUGGGGUCUUCCAGUUCUGAUAGUUACCAUCACGCUGGCCUCCACUGCAGGGAAGUACUCGGCGGAUGGCCACUGCUGGCUGAGUGUGCAGAACGGGGUCAUCUGGGGCUUUGCGGGCCCAGUCAUUUUCAUCAUGAUGGUCAACAUCAUGGUCCUCACGCGGGUGGUGGUCAUCACCAUAUCCACGGCCAAGAGGAGGUCCAUCAUGCUGGCGGUCAACAGCAGCCCCAUAGAGCAGGCUUACGAACAGACCCGGGCUGCGGUGAAGGCGGUGUUGGUGUUGUUACCGAUCCUGGGCCUCACCUGGCUCUGCGGGGUGCUGGUGCCUUUCUCCAUAGUCAUCGCCUACAUCUUUGUCGUCCUGAACUCACUGCAGGGUCUCUUCAUCUUCCUGAUAUAUGGGGUGUACAACACAGAGGUUCGAAGCACAAUCAACAGAAUCAAAGAAAGAAGAAGAGCUCUGAACUUCUCGAACUGCGCCAGCUCCAGACCCUCCAGCUCAGUGACCAGUUCCCGGCCCGCCAGCUCUCCAGGGCCAGGGCUCCAGGGCCACAGCCAGGAGGAGGGAGGGCAGAGGCCCUGCCUGGGCCACCUCAGCUCCUGCUCCACCCCCCUCGACACAGCCAGUGUGCUGUAUGAGAGCUCCUGCCAUUCCAGCAAGAGACAGCUGUCAAUCCCCAGUGUGGAUGGGAGUCAGGAGGAAGACUGUCCCAGCCCUGCCACUGGUGUUAUCAUACCUAGACAGUUGGAAAGUGUGUAAAGCUCCGCUGCGGACGUCAGACCAGACCAGCAAGCUUCAGGUGGCC